ACUGGAAGUGGUAAUCAAGGCAGUCGAGAGCUAAGAUUGGAGGCGGACGCGAGCCGUGACAAGAAAACAGGCCCGGGCUGCCGCAACUGUCGCAGGUCCGGGCUGCAGCGACUGUCAUAGGGUCGGGCUGUAACAGUUGACUAGAAUACCUAACUGCAUCUUCUGGCGGUCCAAUGGAACCCGACACGAUAGGGCCACAACCGACCACGGGCGAGGCGGGAGAGGAGUACAGGACAUCGCCCGAUCGAGCUCUGAGGUAUCUGAAGGAACGAAUUAGGCGAGAAGCACCGCUGAGAUGGGCUGACCAAACCAAUAACGGAGGGCCCGACGUAAGGGGCGAACCAGUUGCGACAGAGCCGCAGGAGGCUCUAAAGACGGGUACCUCGAGCGGACGACGAGAAGCGAYGAGGCGACGCUYCCCCGAGUAYGAGCGGAGGGACACCAUAGCGGACAGGCACAGAGACGACUGGAGAGAGAGUUUGAGGGAUUCCUAUUGGAGGGACAGAGAUAGAGACAGGGCGUCGCCCAGGCGAGUCUUCGACCCCCAGACAGGGGAGUCACAUCCGCUCCCUUACGAGAGCAAGGAUCGCUAUAUUAUUACGCACAAGACCUCAGAGCCUCCUACCUUUAGGGGCUAUGGUAUCACAAAAUAUCUGGAGAAGUGGGAGCUUCACGCCAGCCGGAGUCAGUGGUCGGAGGAAGGAAAAUGGACUACGUACAAGAAGAACCUCGUUGAGCUUUACAACUUGGAGGAUAACAAGUAUUCCAUCAAGGACCUUGAAACAAUGACUCAAGAUGAAGAUGAGAGCGUACGGUCAUUUGAGAUGCAGGCAGACGAUUACAAGGACUUGGUGUGGAGAGGGAUGAGGAGAUGUGACUUCUCUCUCUACAAGGAGUAUGCCACUGAUAGAUGUCCUGAUUUCAAGGAUUUUCCCUGGUCGGAGAAGAAUGAGGCUGUGGCUGAGGAAGUGAAGGAGAUACGGGACAUGGUGAAGGGAUUGACGAGACAGGUUACAGUGAUUGUGACCACUACAGGGGCCACGGCCUACCGGGACAAACAUGGAGGGCCCUAUUCACUUCGCUGGGACCGUAGGAACAACAAUUCCUGGAGGAGUGUCGAGGAUAGAAAUCCUCGGACGCUGACUGAUUAUCGUACGAGGGGAGGAGAGAGAGACGAUGAGCCAUGGCGACGUAGGGAUGAUGAGAUAGACCGAGACCGCACAGAUCGCGAGCCGUUUGCGCGAGCAAGGAGGCUGGAUGAUUACCCGCGAAGCCCUCGCUAUGAGGCCGAUCGGGGUAGAGGCGACUCCGCGAACGACGAGAUGGGUGGCGCGAACUUGAAAGCGGGGGAGAUGCGAGAGAGCAGCGCGACGAGUCGCGGGGGUGGUACAACCGAGGAGACCGACGCGAUGAGUAACGAGGGCGAUAUGACUCGGGGGACCGCCGGAAUGAUUCGCGAGGGCGAUGGUCUGGGAGAUGUAUCGAUGUUCCCUUCGAUGAAGGAGAAUGUCGAAGCAAGGAGAGUAAAGCCGAGUAAGGAAAAGGAGCCAGUCAGGAGCCAGAGCAUCAAGAUAACCUUUGAGGGGGAUAUGGCGACCACACCCAUAAGGGUGGCAGCCACCAAGUCGGAGAGAGGGUCUACAUCGAAGAAGACUGACACGGAUUACGUGAUGACGGAGAAGGACGGGCAGUGGGUCGAUGGAGAGGAGGUUAUCCUUUCGCCGCGAAAGAGGGGAGUGAAGAAGUUCUUAAUGAAKAGUUCGCUGGACGAGAUUGACACGGUCGAGCCACUGAGGCGGGCCCUUCGGCAACCCAUGCAGUGCUCUAUUCUGGAGUACCUGGCGGCAUCGAAGCCGGUUCGUGAUGAGUUACAGAUGAUCACGCGGAAGACUCGCAUACCUCUAUCGGAGGAGGGUCAGGGGGCCCCUAAGGCGGAAGCUUCUACAGUAGCAGUAACGGGGGUGACUUCCAGAGCGGAUCGCAUGGCGACAAUCCUUCUCGAUGGAAUGGAAGGUGUGCCUCUAGACAAGUUUUAUAUACUUGGUAGCGGGGCCGUGGAGAUGAUUAUAAACGAUGGAGCGGUACUCGAUGCUGUGAUCGAUAACGACAGUGAGGCUGUCAUCAUAGACGAGGACCUGGCAGUACAGGUUGGACUAGGCCUCAAUAGGUCCGAGAUAGAGACGGCUGAUGGGAGAAAGCAACAGAUCACUGGGGUUUGUCACAAGGCAGCCAUAGAGGUCCAAGGGGUACGAGUGACCCUGCCUGUCUUUGCAGUCAAGAACUGCAGCUCCGACCUGCUCUUGGGUCGAACGUGGCUGAGCCACGUGCAUGCGGUGACGAUAGAGCAACCUGAUGGGAGCCAAACAUUGUUCAUUAGGAAGCCAGAAGGGACGCGUGUAAUGAUUGAGACAGUGGAGCCUCGGGACCCGAGGAACAGAGCAGCUCUCGCUGUGGGUGCGAGACCCAGUGAUCAGAUUAAGUCGUUACCUAUCUCCGACCGUGCGGUGCGAUUUCGCGAGAAGAAAUAUGGACCACUGCUCACAGAGGAAGAAGGUCGGAUCGUGGAGGUGGAAGAUUUAGGGAGUCGGCUAAUAGUGGAUGGCAACUCGUACCCAAAGGAAAAAGCUGAGGAAUUUGGCGGUGUGAAGGAGAAGGAAGAAGUUAUCGCUUUCCUGAAAGAAAAGAUGGUUUCCUACGUUGCGGAGCAGUCUGAUAGCGCUUAUGCUAAUCGAUGGUUCUUCCUACGAAAGCCGAAUGGCAAGAUCCGAUGGAUCCAGGACCUUCAGAACGUCAACGCAGUGACGAUACGAGACGUGGGCUCUGUGCCACACGCCGAUGUACUGGCAGAAGGCGCCGCAGGUAGGUCGAUUUAUUCGGUCUGUGAUCUGUUCUCAGGUUAUGAUGAGGUACCGCUUGACCCUAGAGACAGGCACCUCACGGCUAUGCAUACGCCAUUGGGACUAAUACAGAUGACAGUUGUCCCUAUGGGUUGGACGAAUGGGGUAGCCGUUUUUCAGAGAGCCAUGGUAGUCGUCCUCAAGGACUUCAUCCUUGAUAAGGUUGAAGUUUUUAUGGAUGACUUUCCUAUAAAAGGGCCAGUAAACAAGGAUGAGGCAGAGGUUGCACCUGGACGAUGCGAAUCUAACAGUCAGCGGAACAAAGAGCCGAUGGGCCAUCUCGACUAUUAAGAUCUUGGGCUUUAUCUAUGACUCGAGGGGACGCCAAGCACAUCCGGCGAAGUUAGACAAACUCCUGAACUGACCGUCACCAUUACAUAGUCCAACCGAGGUCCGACAUUUUCUGGGAGUGGUCGGUUACUGGCGUAUAUUCAUACGAGGGUAUGCGGAGAAGGCUGAGUCAUUGAGGUUAAUCCUUCGAAAGACUGAAAAAUUCUACUGGGAUUCUUCAUAGGAACUCGCUAUGCAAGAACUUAAAGACGAAUUUAAGGAGGGAGGUUGCGUGUUGGGCGUGCCAUUCUUUGACGAUGAGACCGAGAGACCCUUCAUAGUAUCCACGAAUACUGGACCUUGUUCGGUAGGAGGGUUGCUG